AUGAAGACACUUCCUGCCAUGCUUGGGAUUCCAGGGUUGUUUAGCAAACUCUUGAUCCUGCAUGUGGGCUUCUGGAGCAUCCUUGGUAAGGCACCUGCUAAAAGGACUUCUUGUGAAAAGCCAUGUCAAGUACAAGUUAUCGUUCCCAGGCAUUCAGAACAAGCCACAGUGGGAGAGUUCUUUAAAAUGGAAUGUCCUGUGACAUAUUGUGCUCAGAGACCUAAUGUGACUUGGUGCAAGUACAGUGGAGGAAACUGUUUACCUCUUGAGAUUGGACCUCAGCAACAUACUGGUUGGGAAGACAAGGACGGUGGUUCAGUUUUUACUCUCCAUUUUGAACCAGUUUAUCUCAGUGACGAUGGAUCGUAUAGUUGUUCUGUAAACUUUAAUUCUGAGAUUAUUAAUAGCAACAUAAUAUGCCUCCAUGUGACAGACAGGACUCAAAAUUAUUCAGAACACCAUUCAAUAACAGUGUCUAAUAUCCCAGGUGCCACCAAUGCCUCAGGACCACCCACCAUGGAAGAGAGGGGGAGCAGGACCUGGCUGCUUUACAGCUUGCUUCCCGUGGUGCCACUGCUUUUGCUGCUUGCCUGUUUCUGCCUGGUCUGUUUCCUGAAAAGGCACCAAGGGAAAGGAAAGAAUUCUGACUCAGCAGGAAAGGAAAUUAACCUGGUUGAUAUCGCAGUGAGUCCCAGGGAAAAUUCCCAAACACUGCCCUCAGAAACUGCCAUUUAUGAUAAUGAUCCCUGGUCAAGUGGGCAGGAAAGUUCUGAAUCCACAACUAAUCCACAAUCGGAGGGAAACAAACAGGGCGUUGUGUAUGCUUCCCUGAAACAUUCGAUUAUUGGAAGGAAUCCAAGACAGUCAAGCAGCAUGCAAGAGGCACCCACAGAGUAUGCGUCUAUUUGUAGGAGAAGUUAAACCUUGCACUGAUGCAUGACAUGGAGGGACCAUGAAUACCAUUGUCUGGACCUCCAGUGUCAAAUAACCUUCUUCAACCUGGGAUUUUCACCUUCAGAUGGUUCGUGCUGGGGCUGUGUCUUAAAGAUCCAUGGAAUACUUAGUUAAAAUUUUUCCUGAAAACUCUGAAGGAGUUUUGUACAAGAGCCUUGAAGAAUAGACUUUUCUCUGGAAAAACUCAUAGCACAAAUUGCCGCAUAAUAGAAUGUUUAAAUCUGACCAUGCCUUACCCAACAUGUGAAUUUAAUAUUUCCCUUGGAACUAUCAGAGCGACUUAUAGAGAAGAAA